CAAUAAAUGAGGCACAAGCAGAGAAAUAAGAAAAAAUGCCUGCAUUCUGGUAUUUCAUUUUGAUCUUCAGCACCAUGUAUACAGUAGAACCUGGUGGACGCUUGGUUUCUGCACAAUCCCUCACAGAGCCACCAGUUUAUCAGCCUGAUAAAGAGCUCAGUGUGGAUAUCGGAGACUCGGCUACUCUGCGCUGUUGUGUUUCUGAAAAGAAUGUGAUGAUGGCCUGGUUCAAGCAACCAACAAGAAAAAAGCCUCAAACCAUCGUCAGGUUCUUUUCAGCUUCUGGAGAAACAUUUAACGAUGGAUUUGAAAAGUCUCAUUUCCAAAUAGAAAGAUCUACAAACUGCUUCAAUCUGACCAUUUUAAACACCACUCAGUCUGAUGAAGCCACGUACUACUGUGCACUAUCCAAACCCAUCAUUGUGUUCGCAGAAGGAACUUAUUUAAAAAUUAAAGGUAUAAAUGUUACAAUUUCAUCAGAAACGUCUAAACCAGAUUUGUUUGAUAAUUCAGUGAUGUGUGAACCAACACUACAUGAAAACAUCAACUCACAAGAGAAAACAGUGCUCAGUUUGGGAACAGCUUUGGGUGUCUGUGCACUUCUGAUUUCCUGCCUCACUUAUUUUCUACUGAGGAGAAGAAAAUGUAAUCAGUUGAAGCCAUCCAUAGAAAGUACUUCUGCAAUGAAGCAGAAACAUGUUCAGGAAAUUAGACUGGGUGAGGUUGGAUGGGGACCAUCAGUGAACAGCCACUUCCAUGUCUCUCCUGAGAUGUUCAGCAGGGUGCAGGUGAACCUUCGCUUCACUCUGAGGUCCUGA